AUGAGCAAGACUCCUCAACCUCCAUUGGAGGUAGUAGUACCUCAGGCGAAAUUACCGCUUGAACAGAAUCAGGCAGAGGGAAUGAAGGACCAAGUUACUCCCCUCCCACAGCUGUCAAAAUGGCGCAAGCUGGACCCUUUGCGACUGCAAAAGAUACCUCCUGUUCCCAGUGAAAGACAAGUUACUCGGGAAUAUGGGGCGAAUAUCCUUAGCCGCAUCUUCUUUGGGUGGAUGACCCCCUUUAUGAAGGUGGGUUAUCUCCGACCAUUGGAAAUCAACGAUAUAUGGACCGUCAACCCGGACAGAGCAGUGGAUACCUUGUCGGACAAGCUUGCUGUGGCUUUCAGGAAACGAAUCGAACAAGGGAGCAGGAGACCUCUGGCGCGGGCUCUCAUAGACACCCUAAGACAUGACCUUGUGGUUGGUGGUAUAUGCCAGCUUGUUGGCAUGAUGUGCAUGAUUCUAUCGCCAUACGUGGUCAGGCACCUGAUCUCCUUCUCGACCGAAGCAUACGCAGCCCAUGUCCAAGGAAUACCUGGACCACACAUUGGACCAGGCCUGGGUUACGCCUUUGGCCUAUAUGCCAUGCAGGUUCUGCAGAGUUUGACUAUGAACCAGGCGUUGUAUCGAGGGAUGGUUGUCGGAGGAAUGGCCAAAGCGAGCCUUACAUCUCAAAUCUUCGCCAAAGCGAUGAGGCUGUCGAACCGUGCGAGAGCUGGCGGGAAGCCCAUCGAUGACGCGGGACAGAAACCCACCGAAGGAAGUCCGCCCAACGCAGCAGCAAACGAUGCGGCGAAAGAGACUGCCGGCUGGAGUAAUGGACGUAUCACCACGUUGUUGGGCGUGGAUGUGGAUCGUAUCGAUACGGCUUGCGGCAUGCUUCAUAUGAUUUGGGUUUCACCCAUCGGUCUUAUCGUCGCUCUGAUCAUACUGAUUGUCAACAUCGGCUACAGUGCACUUGCCGGGUACGCCCUCCUGGUUGUCGGAGUCUUUGCUCUGGCGGGGGGAAUGCGCCUCCUGGUGCGUUUUCGAAGAGCCAUCAAUAAAAUCACCGACCAGCGAGUCACUUUGACCCGAGAAAUAGUGUAUAGUGUCAGGUUCGUGAAGUUCUUUGGCUGGGAAAGCAGCUUCCUAAAGCGACUCGAGGCCGUUCGCAACCGCGAGAUUGGCUCCAUCAAAAGACUCUUGUUUGUCCGACACGCUGUUGUAGUGUGCAUGGUCUCUUUACCAACAUUCGCAUCGCUGCUGUCUUUUGUCACAUACGCUCUGUCGGGUCAUGGCAUGUCCCCGGCUCGCAUUUUUGCGUCCUUGGCAUUGUUCAAUGUGCUUCGUAUGCCACUAAUCAUGCUCAACCUGACUAUCACACAGAUGACCGAUGCGUGGACUGCUAUGAACCGAAUCCAGGAAUUCCUUCAGGCCGAGGAAAAGGAUGACCCGGUCGAAUGGGACACAACCAUGGACAAGGCUAUUGAGGUCGAGCAUGCAUCAUUCACCUGGGAACAAGUGCAGAGCAACAAGGGAGAAGAGAAGAAGGAAGAGAAGCCGAAACCUGGCCAGGUCUCGCCGAAAGUCGCAACGCCCAGCAGCCCGCCCAACGACAACAGUGACACACCUGAGCAUGCGCCGUUCAAACUCACCGAUAUCAACUUCGAGGCGGGACGCAAUGAACUGCUUGCUGUCAUAGGAACUGUAGGGAGUGGCAAGAGUUCGUUGCUUGGGGCUCUGGCGGGUGACAUGCGCUUGACGGAGGGAAAAAUUCGAAUGGGCGCGAGUCGAUCGUUCUGCCCGCAGUACGCCUGGAUCCAGAAUGUGUCAGUGCGAGAGAAUAUCCUCUUUGGAGGUGAUUACAACGAAGAAUUCUACGACCGCGUGAUUGACGCAUGCGCUCUACGACCCGAUCUGGAUAUUUUCCCGAACGGGGAUCAGACGGAGAUUGGGGAACGAGGCAUCACGGUCUCUGGAGGCCAGAAGCAGCGGAUCAAUAUCGCCAGAGCCGUCUACUCCAAGGCAGAUAUCGUUCUCAUGGAUGACCCGCUUUCAGCAGUUGAUGCCCAUGUUGGACGUCAUAUCAUGGACAAAGCAAUCUGCGGUCUUCUCAAGGAUAAGUGUCGUAUCUUGGCCACCCAUCAGCUUCAUGUCCUUAGCCGGUGUGAUCGAAUUAUUGUGAUGAAGGAAGGCUCCAUCGACGCUAUUGGUACCUUUGACGAUCUUGUACGAACAAAUGAACACUUUAGGGAAUUGAUGUCAAGCACUUCGCAACAGGAAAAGCAAUCGGAUGACGAUGUCGACCAAAAUUCGGACGAAGUCGAACCGGCGAAAGACCAAAUUGACAAGGCUAAACCAGCAGCUGCUUUGAUGUCAAAGGAAGAGGUAGCGACGGGGUCAGUUGGGUGGGCUGUUUGGAAAGCUUAUAUCACCGCCUCUGGAUCUUUCUUCCUCAACUUCAUUGCUUUUCUCGUGCUGCUGGCCUGUCUCAACGGUGGUAUAAUUAUGACAGGCCUGUGGGUCUCUUAUUGGACGUCCGACAGGUUUAAAAACUUGACCGUUGGCCAGUAUAUGGGAAUAUAUGCGGGAAUCUGUGCCGCACAGGCUUUGGCCAUGUACGGCUUCGCACUACAUGUGACCAUUGCUGCAGCGCAUUCUAGCAAGACAAUGCUGCAGCGCGCAAUAUACCGAGUCCUGCGUGCCCCGAUGGCCUUCUUUGACACAACCCCGUUAGGACGGAUCACGAACCGGUUUUCUAGGGAUGUCCAGGUGAUGGACAGUGAACUUGGCGAAUCUAUUCGCAUGUUCGCCUUCACGUUCACUCAGAUCCUGGCCACGAUGGGGUUGAUCAUCGCAUUUUAUCAUUAUGUGAGUACCAUAGGGGGAGGUGCGUGGAAUGAAGUUGCUAACCACCAUGACCAGUUUGCUAUUGCAUUAGGUCCCCUGUUCGUCUUUUUCUUACUCGCAGCGGCCUACUAUAGAGCGUCUGCGCGGAACCUGAAGCGGCAUGAUUCAGUGCUUCGCUCGACGGUGUUUUCACGUUUUGGCGAGGCCAUCACUGGUGUCGCAAGCAUCCAAGCGUAUAAAAUGGAGGGGCACUUUCAGCGGAAUCUGCAUGAAAGCAUCGACUCAAUGAAUGGUGCAUAUUUCCUGACUUUCUCCAACCAGAGAUGGCUCUCGAUUCGCCUUGAUGCUAUUGGCAGUCUCAUGAUCCUGGUGGUGGGGAUUCUGGUCGUCACCUCUCGUUUCAACGUCGGGCCAAGUAUCUCCGGUUUGGUGCUGUCAUACGUUUUGACCAUCACUUUGAGUUUGCAAUUCACCAUCCGGCAGUUCGCUGAAGUUGGGAAUAAUAUGAAUGCCGCUGAGCGGAUCCAUUACUAUGGCACCAGCUUGGACGAGGAAGCGCCCCUUCAGUUGGCCGAGGUGCCACCGAGCUGGCCCGACAAGGGGAGAAUUGCUUUCUCAAAUGUGCAAAUGCGGUACCGUGACGGGCUACCUCUGGUGCUCAAGGGGCUCACGAUGGACAUUCGAGGCGGGGAGCGUAUUGGCAUUGUGGGGCGAACAGGUGCCGGCAAAUCCAGCAUCAUGGCCGCGCUAUUUCGUCUCACUGAGCUUUCCGGAGGAAGUAUCAAGAUCGAUGACAUUGAUAUUGCGACAAUUGGGCUGAAUGAUCUUCGGACUCGUCUUGCUAUUAUCCCGCAGGAUCCGACGCUCUUCCGCGGCACGAUCCGCUCGAACCUUGAUCCUUUCAAUGAGCAUACGGAUCUGGAAUUAUGGGCAGCGUUACGCAAGGCACAUCUCGUCGGCCAGGAGCUGCCAGAGGACGAGUCCCAGGAGGGCACACUUACGCCGUCGACGAUGAACGAAAAGCAGCAGACGGCGCAGAGACUGCACCUUGAUACCAUCGUCGAAGAGGAGGGACACAACUUCUCGCUCGGCCAGCGGCAGCUGAUGGCCUUAGCGCGUGCCCUCGUUCGCGAUGCCCGCAUCAUCAUUUGUGACGAGGCAACCUCGUCCGUUGACUUUGAGACGGACCAGAAAGUCCAGGAGACGAUGGCGCAAGGAUUUCAAGGCAAGACGCUGCUUUGUAUUGCUCAUCGUCUACGGACAAUCAUCAAUUAUGAUCGCAUCUGUGUGAUGGAUCAAGGGCAGAUCGCCGAAUUCGACACCCCUCUGGCCCUGUGGGAGAAGCCGGGCGGCAUCUUCCGCAGUAUGUGCGAUCAGAGUGGAAUCACCCGGGAGGAUUUUGAGGGUUGA